ACUGCGAGGCAUGGAAUGAUUGCUGGUGCUGAAGUACGAAACAUAGUCAAGUGAAGCUUCCAUCUAUCUCUGUAACACCCAAAAAAAUCUCCCCCAAACUGAAAACCCUCAAUCAAACUCCCAGAAUUCCCUCCUCUUCCCCUCUUUCUCUUCCUGUGACAAUAAAAACAGUGUCUCUGAAUGACAGAUUGCAAGGACUUACCUUGUAUAGAUCCUGGUGGAGCUCUACAAUUCUCUCUACUGUUCCUAAUUUCCCUCCUUCGAAAAACUAUUAUCACUCAUGGAUAUCGAGUCUCUCAAUGUGAUCGAGUUUGAUGACAUUGGCGGUUGUGGCCGUGAAGAUGACCUCCAUCUUGGCCUAGAACACCCACAUGAUUUUGAUGUCCAAUAUAACGAUAACCACGACCUUACAGAAGCUCCUCAUUUCUCAACUUCUGAUGGUGAUCUUAAUUUGGAGCCCUACGAGAGUAUGGAAUUUGAUUCUGAACAAUCCGCCCGCAUUUUUUACAAUUCGUAUGCCCGCCGUAUUGGUUUUAGUACUAGAGUCAGCGUCUACCAGCGUUCUCGUCGUGAUGGCUCUAUCAUUUGCCGUCAAAUUGUGUGUUCUCGUGAGGGUUUUCGUCGCAAGGGCAAUGACAAUAGGUCUAAAAGACAACGCACCAUCACUAGAGUUGGUUGUAAAGCUCAAAUGACUGUUAAGAAACUCACUUCUGGAAAAUGGGCUGUUACUAAACUGAUUAAAGAACAUAAUCAUGAACUUGUGCCUCCUGAUAAGGUGCAUUGCCUUCGCUCUCAUAGGCAUGUUUCUGGUCCUGCACGGAGUCUCAUUGAUACUCUUCAGGCAGCUGGGAUGGGGCCAAGUGGAGUUAUGUCUGUGCUGAUUAAGGAAUCUGGUGGAAUUAAUAAUGUUGGUUUUACCAAAGUCGAUUGCCAGAAUUAUAUGAGUAGUAGUAGGCAGAGAACGCUUGGUAAUGGAGGUCAAGUUGUUUUUGACUAUUUGAGACAAAUGCAGGCUGAGGAUCCUGGCUUUUUCUUUGCUGUCCAAGGUGAGUUUGACAACUUGGCUGGAAACAUUUUUUGGGCAGAUGCAAAUGCAAGAACGAAUUACAAUUACUUUGGAGACACUAUCACGUUUGACACCACAUAUAGAACAAACCGCUACAGAGUCCCUUUUGCACCUUUUACUGGGUGGAAUCAUCAUGGACAGCCAGUGCUGUUUGGUUGUGCAUUACUGCUGAAUGAGUCGGAGUCCUCAUUUGUUUGGCUAUUUGAGACUUGGCUUGCUGCAAUGUCAGGUCACCAUCCCAUAUCAAUCACGACAGACCAAGACAGAAUCAUCCGGGCAGCAGUUUCACAAGUGUUUCCUGGAACCCGCCACCGGUUUUGUAAGUGGAACAUUUUUAGGGAGGCCCAGGACAGACUGUAUGAUGUAUAUCACUCACACCCUACUUUUGAGGUGGAGUUUCAAAGGUGCAUCAACAUGACAGAUACAAUUGAUGAGUUUGAGUCAUGUUGGGAGUCACUCAUUCAAAGGUAUGAACUUGGGGAUAGUGAAUGGCUUCAGUCAAUGUACAAUGCUCGCCACAAAUGGGUGCCAGUUUAUCUCCGGGAUACAUUCUUUGGUGAGAUGUCCAUAAUGCAAGGAAGUGAUAGUAUAAAUUCUUACUUUGAUGGGUAUAUAAAUGCAUCUACUAAUAUUCAAGCGCUGAUUAAGCAGUAUGAAAAAGCAAUUGCAACUCGCUUGGAGAAGGAAGUAAAGGCAGAUUAUGAUACAAUGAAUAUUCCUCCAAUUUUAAAGACUCCAUCUCCUAUGGAAAAACAGGCAGCAAACCUUUAUACAAGGAAGAUAUUUAUGAAAUUCCAAGAAGAAUUAGUAGACACGCUUGCUUAUCCCGCAACUGUAAUUGAUGACAUGGGAUCAGCAAUUACAUAUCGGGUGGCAAAGUUUGGGGAAGACCAUAAAGCACACUUCAUUAGGUUCCAUGUGUUCGAAAAGAAAGCCAGUUGUAGUUGCCAAAUGUUUGAGUUUUCAGGUAUUAUUUGUAGGCAUAUAUUAGCAGUUUUUAGGGUAACCAAUGUUCUUACACUUCCACCGUACUAUAUCUUGAAGCGGUGGUCAAGAAAUGCCAAAAGUCAGGUUGUAUUGGAUGAACACAAUCUUGGGAUGGUUACUCAUUCUCAAGAUUCCUUUCCGGCUCGCUGCGACAAUCUGACUCGAGAAGCCAUGAAAUACGUAGAAGAAGGAACAGAAUCAGUACAUAUUUAUAAUGUAGCAAUGAAUGCUCUUCAGGAGGCCACAAAGAAGGUUGCUGCUGCAAAGAAGCACAGUCCUAUACCUGUACAGAGCACUCUAGUUAAUGGUAGUCAGCAGCUGCAGCUAUCCUGUCUGGAUCACGACAAGAAAAUUCAAGAAUUGACUGCUGAAUUGGAGUGUGCAAGUCAACGAUGUGAAGCAUAUCGAUCAAAAUUAUUAGCUGUACUGAAAGAUAUGGAGGAGCAGAAGUUAAAGAUAUUUGUGAAAAUUCAAAAUGUGAGGUUCAAUCUGAAAGAUUGAACUGAAACUCGAUAUUGUCUCCGUGUUUUUCAUAUAUAAGUCAUGUAUGGAUAAAGUGGAAGGGCAGGUGGAUGGGUAAACCAUUAACAGCCUUGCUGCCAUUUGCAUUCGACCAUCUUUUAUGAUCUGUUGCCAGAAAGGGGAUAUAUUUUUGAAUUCCUUGUAUAGGACGGUUUAUAAUGUAACCUAUGCUGGGUCCUAACUAUGUAACAGUUAUUUGAUAUAAGAAUAGUAGUAGAAGAAGAAAUUCUAUGGUUUAA